UGGCAAGGCAGUACCUGGAGAAAGGUCUUUUGGUUCCAGAUCACGUGAUCACACGCCUAAUGGUGUCAGAGCUGGAGCUCAGGAGCGGCCAACACUGGCUACUGGAUGCUCUGGAAGCCAUCCAUUUGGCCAAGGGAGGAGUGUGAAGAAUGGCUGGUUCCUGUGUUCAGCUUGAAACUCCUUCUGUUACAGGGCAUGUGGUCGUGCGCCGCAGAGGACGUGCCUGUUGAGUGUGCUAAAGGUGAUUGAAUGUGGAAAGGUCAAGGAAGGAAUUCUGGGUGGUGGGUGACUCAUCAUCUGGUCCAUAUGGCUGGAGAGGCAUUGUGCUAACGGUGGGUGGGAGGAGGAGAGUGGAAGCAGGCCAAGGGAACACCGCGCCUGGGAGUUGGGGGGUGCUCCGGGUUUGGACAGCUCUGGCCUUGCUAAAAAGCUCAGCACUGCCAUGUCUUCACAGUAGUUGGAGAAGAAAUACUCUAUUGUUUUGUGUAUGGGGGAGAGGUGAAGGAGCAGGAGAAGGAGGAGGAGGAUUUUUCCCCUUGAGGAUUGUAAUAUACAAAUGACCCUUGCAAUUUUGUUAUAAGAUCCUUUUUUCCUCUUCUAUGAAUAAGGUGUUUACUUCUGACCAGGUGCUCCCAAGGCAAAAUGAUAACUAGGGAACCAUCAGGUAUUUAAAACUAAAUACUGGGCGGGAGUUAUAGCUCAGUGGUAGAACCCUUACCCAGCAUGCGUGAGGCCCUGAGUUCAUCCCUCAGCACCACACAAAAGUAACAUGAAGUAAAACACGUGUGAAUGUGGAAAGGUUUUCACUUAUUUUAAAAAGUGCCAUCAGUGAGCUCAGUGGCUCAUGUCUGUAAUACUAGCAAGUUAGGAGGCAGAGGCAGGAGGAUUUUAAGCUCAAGGCUAGCCUCAGCAAUGUAAUAAGGCCCCAGGCAAUUUGGUAAGACUCUUUCAAAAAUAAAUAAUAGAAAAGGCUGGAGGUGUAGCACAGUAGUAAAACACCUGGGUUCAAUUGCUGUGGGGAAAAAAAAAGUGGGGACAUUGAGGUCAGGUCAGUGGGGAAAUAUAUUUUAAAGGUCUUCAUUUCUUAACUUGACUGUCAAUCAGUGCAUUUAAAGAGGAACUUUCAGGUUCUCCCAUUUAGCCCUAAUUUUUUAGGUGAAGGUAUCAAAAUAUUUUAAACUUGGUAUAUUAGUACAUUUUCAUUGCUGUGACAAAAUACCUAAGCUGUGUAACUUAUAAAAAGAAAAGGUUUAGUUAAGUUGAAGUUUUGAAGGUCCAAGAGCAUGGUACUGGCCACCAUGGUUACAUCAUCAUAUCAUGGCAGGAGCACAUGUGAGAGGGAGAUCCCAUUGUGAGACUGGAAGCCAGAGAGUGGGGUCAGUCUUAUUUUUUUAUUCUUCACAAGUCACUCUCAUGGGAAUCAACUGGAGUCUGAAGAGAACACAUUAAUCUCUUCUAAGGGCAGCAUUCCCAACCACCUCAUUAAUCUCUUCUAAGGGCAGCAUUCCCAACCACUUUCCACUAGGUUUCACCUUUAGAAGGUGCCAUCCCCUCCCACAUUGCCACAUUGGGGAAGCAAGCUUAAAUCCGUGAACCUCUGGGGGACACGAAUAACCAUGUCCGGAUCAUAGCAUUUGGUUUCAUGGAGAGCAGCUUUAAAAUUGGGAAAUUAAAGUGGAAUAUAAGUCUUUAAUUGGAGAUAAAGAUAACUUCAGAAUGAUAGUCAUCAUUUGGUCUGUAGUUGUAUUUGGACUAUGUUCUAUUUUUUUUCUUCUUUUGUCUGACCAGUAUUGAACACUAACUGAUGCUUUCUGAAGGAAAUUAAAAUUUCUUUUUAUUUUAAUGCAGAAGCUAACACUGCUUAAAUAUGUGCGGUGAUGUGGGUUUGUUUUUUUUUUUUCCCUUACCAUCUGAGAGUUAAAGAUCUUAUCAGAUAUUCCAGGGUAUGUGCUCACUUAGAGCUCUUUGUCUCCUGGAAGGAGGUCUCUGUCCAGAAUGUAAACUACAGAUGAGGAGCUAGGAGUUUUGCCCUGAUCUUGCAAAUGUGUUUUACCAUACUAGACUGAUGCAUAACUGCUCUGACCUUAUUUCCUCCUAUUUUUCUUUGUGAAGCCGACCUCUGGAGAGUGUCAUAUCCCACUGGGCAGCAUAUGUCUACUUGAAAAAAAAAAAAAGCAAAAAACCCAACAAUAUAUUCUGAAUUGCAUCUCUUAGGAAUGCCAAGGGCAAUAUUUUUCUGUUGUCCUUGUGGAUGCAGGUUAUGUUUCAAGAAUAAAAUGUAUAAUAGAAGUGUUUGGAAGGUCACUGAAAGGUUCUCUUGGAGUGAAAAGUGAGCCAGGUGUGGUAGUGCAUGCCUGUAAUCCCAGUGGAAACUGUGUCAGGAGGAUUGCAAGUUCAAGGCCACCCUCAGCAAUUUAGUGAGGUCCUAAGCAACUGAGCGAGACCCUGUCUCAAAAAGAGCUGGGGAUGUGGCUCAGUGAUUGAAUGCCCUUGGGUUCAAUCCCUUGCAUAAAACAAACAGCAACAACAAUCAAAAAAAGAAAUAGAACUGUGCAUGGUGGCACGUUUAUAAUCCCAAUCUAUUCAGGAGGCUGAAACAGGAGGAUGGCAAGUUUGAGGUCAGCUUUAGCACCUUUGGGAGACCCUGUUGCAAAGUUAAAAAUGAGAAAAGAAAAUGAGAGGGACUUUGUAGCUCAGUGGUAUGCUUAGCAUGCUCAAAGCCCUAACUUCUAUCCCCAGCACUACAAAUAUAUACAUACAUACAUACAUACAUAGAAAAUAAUCAUCCUGCUGUAUGUGUGUAUGAGGGUCCUAGAUAUUUUUUUUUCUCUCUCUUCAGUACUAAGAAUUGCUACCACUGAACUGCAUUUCUAGUCCUUUUAUGUUUUUUAUUUUGAGACAGGGUCUUAUUUGUUCUUUGGGUACUGGGUGUCUAACCACUUAGCCACAUCUCCAUCCUUUUUUUAUUUUUUAUUUUGAGACAGGAUCUUGCUAAGUUGUUGACGAUGGCUUUGAACUUGUGAUCCUCCUGCCUCAGUCUCCCAAGUUGCUGGGAGGACAGGUGGGCGACACCAUGCCCGGUUGUCCCAGAUAUAUUUCUAAAGUGAAUAAAGCAUGGGUCUGACUGGCUUUGCACUGACUGACAGUGAAGGAAAAAGGAGAGAUCUGUUGGAAAGGAGUAGAAGCUGACUAAGUUCCUCCAGACACACAGGAAGGGUGGAAGAUGUGUAUUCAGCCAACCAUGGUUAGGCGAAGUGACAUCUGUGUUCUGGGAGGUAAAUGGAAUGAUUUUACAAGCAAGGAGUGACAUUUUUGGUCAAAAUGACCACAUGAAAAAAGAUGGGUGUGUUUCGAUUAGUCUUAGUGCCACAUUUCCAAGAACCUCACCCAUGCCCCCAAGACAAUGUAAAUAUAUAUCUGAUGAUUUUUUCUGCAUCCAAAAUUGAGCAGAGUGCUUACCUAGUAUGUACAAGGGUAUUUAUUCACUGUUAAAAAGGUUUAUAUCUAGCUACUGAUUCCAUUGAAGCUAUUAUAAUUCCCUUAUUCAUGAUUGCAAGUGCUCAUGUGAAUUUCCAUUUUGUGUGUGGUACUGAGAAUGAAAUCCAGGGGUUCUCUAGUACUGAGCUAUAUCUCCUGCUGGGAGCCAUUAGCCAAGUAGGUAUGACAAUUUCCUUACCAGCGUACCCCAUGUUGCAGUGACAUUGAAUGUACGUGACCUUGCUCAAGGACCAAGGCAGAUUAGGGUGUUCCCGGUUUUAAGAUAAUCGUGUUUAGGGCGUUCCCAGUUUAGGUUCCAGGUUUAAGGUUUAAGAUUAUUCCUGCUGGGAAUAGGGCGUAUCCUGCUGCCUGAGUUCCCCUUGAGUUCUCACGGGAUUUAGACAAUAUAUUUUGGAGAUAGAAGCCCAGUGGAGGUGGAAUUGGGCAGAGAACGUGGAUUUGGGCAGAGAACGUGGAUUUGGGAAGAGAACGUGGAUUUCCCCAGAACGUGAUUGUAGACGGCUGGUGUGAGUUCAGGAAUAAAGAGUUGCUGUUUGAAUCUACAAGCUGUGUGGUGGCUCGUGAUUGUGUGCCCAGCCAGACUGCGGCAUUUGGUGGCCCGUACGGGGAACUUCUGAAGCUUAAAGGUAAGUGAAAUUGCUCGCCCCUGAGGAAGAGCGAAAGAAUGGGUGACCAAUUCAAAAAACAAUGUGUUAUUGUUUUGAUUUAUCUUGUUUUUGUUUCAAGCUGCCUAUCCCUAGAAAUUUCUCAGGCAAACUGGAAAAAAUGGUUGACUAAAGGUUUGAAGUUUGUCGGCCCUGAGGAAGAGAAAAUUGAUACAACGAUUUUUUAUUCCGUUUUUGUUUCAUUCAGUUUCGGCUUUGUUUUGUGCUAUCUUAUUGGGUUGUGUUAUCUUUAUAGUAGAUUAGAAAUUAGUAAAAAACAAACCGAAAAGAUGUUAAAGUAAAUUGUUAGAGGUUCAGACCAUGGAGAAAGACAUUUUAGAUCAAGCAAAAGAGAAGGUCUCUCGAGCUAGUCAGACAGAGGAAGAAAAUUUAAAGGAAAAGGGGUUGUUAGGAAAAAGGCCACAACAGGAGGCUGUUACUAACUCCGUUUUAUCACAAGAGGGUGUAAUUCAACCAACAGCCCCACCGAUGGAGACAGCUGAGUGGCCCUCAAACCACGUAGUUGAUAAAUGGGAUCCUGAGACAGGACCUCAAAGAUUAGCAUGCCCUGUACUUGAACAGGCAGGAGGGCAGCGAAUUCACCGUGCUUUAGAUUUUAAAACAGUGAAGCAGUUAAAGGAGGCUGUAACAACCUAUGGUCCCCAAGCUCCCUUCACGGUAAGCAUGGUCGAGUCCAUUACUAACUUGGACAUGACGCCAGCAGAUUGGGCUAGCAUGUGUAAAUCUGUACUAAAUGGAGGACAAUAUUUGUUAUGGAAGGUUGCCAAUGAGGAAUUUUGCACGGAGACAGCUAGGCGAAAUGCAGCAGCCGGUUACCCUCAAAGAAAUCUAGAUAUGUUGUUAGGAAAAGGACCUUAUGAGGGUCAACGGCAACAAAUUGAAUAUGAUCCUGCUAUAUAUGCACAAAUUGCUGCAGACGCAGUUAGGGCAUGGAAGACUUUACAAGGACAUGGAGAUUUACAAGGUCAGCUAUCUAAGGUAAUACAGAGAGCUAAUGAACCUUACGCUGACUUUGUAGAUAGGCUAAUUCAAACGGCUGCCAAAAUUUUUGGGGAUACAGAACAAGCAAUGCCAUUAAUAAAACAACUGGCUUGUGACCAAGCAAAUCGUUGCUGCAGAGAGGUUAUUAGACCAGGGAGACAUGAAGAUUUAAACACAUAUAUUAAAUUAUGUAGAGAUAUUAAUGAACAAGGGCAAGUCUUGGCAGCUUCAGUACAACAGGCUUUAGAUGCCAGGCCAAAAACAUGCUAUGAUUGUGAACAAACAGGACAUUUUAAAAGGAAUUGCCCCAUAGGAGGAGGGUUUAACAAAAGUAGGUAUCAAAGGAAUAGAAUACCGGGUAUUUGCCCACGAUGCCGUAGAGGGAGACAUUGGGCUAAUGAAUGCCGUUCUCAAACCACCAUUGAGGGUACUCCUUUAUCAAAAAAUGGACAACGACCAGGUAUUUAUCCACGAUAUCGUGGAGAAAGGCAUCAGGCUCCAUUGCCAAAAAACGGACAGGGGGGCCCAAUGCUCCGGGGCCCACAACCACAAAUAUACGGGGUAGUGGAGGAACCCAGCAACAUCAUCAGGCUAGUGCCCAGGACACAUUGUCCAUUAAAUCCCUCAUCAGACAAACCCGAGGGAGUGCAGGGUUGGACAUCUGUGCCUCUGCUAGAGCAGUAUUAACUCCAGAGAUGGGAGUUCAAAUCAUUCCCACAGGAGUAAAAGGACCUCUUCCCCAAGGAACAGUAGGCUUAUUAUUGGGACGUAGUUCAUCUACAUUAAAAGGACUUAUGAUAAGUCCUGGGGUAAUUGAUCCCGAUUAUGUAGGUGAAAUAAAAAUUAUAGCUAGUUCUCCAAGAGGUAUAUCAGUAAUUUCACCUGGAGAUAGAAUAGCACAGUUGUUAAUAAUACCCAGCCUACAUAAUAAAUUUCCUAGUCAUAGUGUAGAAAGAGGUUCCAGGGGAUUAGGCUCCACAGGUGUAGAUUGGGCUAUGUUGUCUUUAAAUUUAGAUUCUCGCCCAAUGCUAAAACUAAAUAUUCAAGGUCAUGAGUUUAAUGGACUACUGGACACAGGAGCUGACCUUAGCAUCAUAUCUCGUCAAGAAUGGCCAAAACAUUGGCCAUUACAACAAGCCACUCAAACGCUUCGAGGCCUAGGAGUGGUGACUAAUCCCCAUAGAAGUUCUAUGAUAUUAGAUUGGAAGGAUCCUGAAGGAUGUGAAGGAACUAUAGAGCCAUAUGUAUUGGAUCAUCUUCCUAUAAAUUUAUGGGGACGAGAUGUCCUAGAUCAAUUAGGUUUGACGUUAACAAAUAACAUCAAUCCUAAUGCGCCCACUACUAGGGCUAGACAAGGCUUUAGGAAAGAAAAAAGAUUAGGAAAACAAGGGCAAGGUAUAGCAGCACCAGUACAUAUAGAUCAAGGAACAGACAGACAUGGGUUGGAUUUUCAGAAAGGGCCACUGAGACAAUCAAAAUUACUUGGAAAUCAGAAAGACCAGUGUGGGUUCCUCAGUGGCCCCUGACUAAAGAAAAGAUACAAGUAGCCCAUGAUCUGGUCAAACAACAAUUAGCGGAAGGACAUAUACAACCUUCCAUAUCUCCCCAUAAUACUCCCAUUUUUGUCAUCAAAAAGAAAUCUGGUAAAUGGAGAUUAUUGCAAGAUUUAAGAGCCAUUAAUAAUGAGAUGGUUGUUAUGGGACCUGCUCAAUCAGGGAUUCCUCAAUUGUCUGCUUUGCCAAA